CACAGUGAGUGUUCCCUCUGCAGUUACACGUACGCAGCUGGCUCAGCCUGAUCCUCAGCACUCUGGUUCACAGUCCCACGCGUGGAAAUGCAGGUUUGUUGUUGAACUGUGAGAAGCUCCUUUUGCUUAGGCGAGCCGUGCGAACACCAGGAGAUUGAGCCGGAGCGGAAUAACACUCAUUUAUCUAUAACGCUGUGAGUUUGUGUAAAUUUCCCACCAAAAACCCACGUUGGUGAAAUAAAAAUGUUACUUUUGAACGGGCUUAUCGGUAAGGUUUCAAUUUUCAGGCGUACUUAUGAUAUUUGGAAAGCUCGCCCGUAUCUUUGCUUUAAAGUUGUUUCCUCGUUUGCCCCCGAGUUGCUAUUUGCACACGGAGAGAGCCGGCUUCAGUAAUUCCACACGGUCCGAAACUCCAGAUAAAAAAAAUGCCAGAACACACGGCCCAGGUCUCCUGAUCACUUUAACCUCCUCAGAGGAAAUCUGCAGCUUUUUAUUUGAAGUCCCCCGGGAACUUGCUCCAAACUGUGAGAUCUCGCCUCGAGUUUAGAAGUUGGGAAAGCGAUGGAUGAAAUGCGUGAAACGUCUCCGCUUCUGAAGAACUCUCUGGUCCCGAGAAGCAGUUCCUCCGCCGGCACGUCCCUGGAGGGCCGUGAAACCUUGUCAACCAAGUUGCAUGACGGUCAGACACGUGUGGACCCUGUUCUAGAACAACUGGAGCCUGGGCAUUGCCAUUCCAGCCAAUCCUCUGGAGAUCAUAAGGACGUAGAUAAAGAGAUUGCCCGUAGGAGGCUGUAUCUAGCUUCUGCUGUCUGCUUGGUCUUUAUAAUUAGUGAAGUAAUAGAUUUUGCCACCAUGCUUGUCAGCUUGUUCUCACUGUGGAUUUCUUCUCGGCCUGCAACUAAAACCAUGAACUUUGGUUGGCAUCGUUCAGAGAUUCUCGGAGCUCUGGUCUCUGUGCUGUCCAUCUGGGUGGUGACCGGUGUGCUUGUCUAUCUGGCGGUUGAGCGACUCAUUUCUGGGCAGUACGAGAUUAAAGGUGGCGCCAUGGUAAUCACCUCAGGAGGUGCUGUUGCAGUCAAUAUUGUAAUGGGCAUCAUUCUUCAUCAGUCUGGUCAUAAUCACAGCCACGGCAGCACAGGAGAAGUCAGAUCACAGGAUAUCGAGUCCAAUGCCAAUAGCCAUGUGAAUGCCAGUGUACGAGCUGCCUUCAUCCAUGUUGUGGGAGACCUGUUGCAAAGCGUUGGUGUCCUGAUAGCUGCCUAUAUCAUCUACUUUAAGCCUGAAUAUAAGAUAGUGGAUCCAAUCUGCACCUUCCUGUUUUCCAUUCUUGUUCUGGGGACAACCAUCUCUAUCCUGAGGGACGUUCUCUGCAUUCUGAUGGAAGGAACUCCAAAAGGAAUGGAUUUUAAUCAGGUUAAACAAUCGCUCCUAUUAAUUGAUGGCGUGAAAACUAUGCAUAGCCUCCACAUCUGGGCACUGACAAUCAACCAACCGUUGUUGUCUGUCCACAUUGCCAUCGAUGAGGAUGCAAAUGCUCAGGAAAUAUUGGCUAAAGCUAACCACGUACUCCAAAGCAAGUUUGACUUCCAUUCCAUCACCAUCCAAAUAGAAAAUUACUCUGAUGAUAUGGUCAAUUGUAGGGAAUGCCAGGAGCCCAGAGAUUAGUUCCCACCAGUGCAUAGAGUUCCUCUCAUCUGUAUGUUUGAGAGAGGCAUCAUGAGUUCAUUUCUUGGAGAAUCUCAUCUGGAAUGAGUUGUGUACAAAAGGAAAGGUGGUGUGUGAAGUUAUCUGACUGCCGAUUCAACCAGACCCCAGCCAGUGUAGUGGCAGUGAGUUGCAGUGUACUUUAGUACAAUGCAAGAUUAAGGCUUUUAAGUCAUUUUUGUGUACAUAUUGGGCACAGUGAUUAAUUAAGAUCCAGAAUUAAACAUGACCAUAAAUGUGUCAAUUGGAUAUUCAUCUCACACCAGCAAAAUCGUUCUCUGGAUGUGUCGAUGUCCUCUAGGAGAAUGGUUGGGAGAGAGAACUUUGUCUUUGAAUUGAGACAAUCGAUUUUCAUGAAUAUAAUUUUUUGUGUUAGAUAGAACUGUUCUUUUUUCCUGGUGCUGGGAAACCAAUGUUGACAAUUUUGUUAAGUUUAUCAUUCAUUGUUUUCGGAAUUGUCUAUAUAUGAGUUCUUCAUAUUUA